AUGUCGUACCAUCUUCCUCUUAGCCCUGUCGAUAGGGCGAUACAGCCUCCUGUCUACUACUUGCAGGUCCAAGACUUCUUAAUAUUGAAUGUCUCAAUUUUUUGGACGAUCGCCUAUGUUCUCUAUGUACGCCAGGGGUACCGCGACAAGUCAUAUGGCAUGCCACUUUUUGCCCUGAGUGGGAACAUAGCAUGGGAGUUCCUCUUUGGUGUCGCCAUGCCCACGUCGGUUGCCCAAGUGGUCUGCUUCGUGCCGUGGCUGGUCAUUGACAUCUUUAUCAUCCACACCACGUGGAAGUACGGACCACACCAGUGGAAGCAGUCCCCUGUCGUGGCCAACAAUAUUGGAUCGAUCCUUGUCUUCGGGGUUUUGUUCAUGACUGGCGCGUUCUAUUUCUUUAUCAAGACGGUCGGCUUGGAUGCUGCUUCCUUCUACCUGGGCUACUCAGACCAGCUUCUCAUCAGUGCCACGUCCCUAGCUCAGCUGUUGAGACGGAACAGCACCUCGGGUCAUUCCUGGGGCAUUUGGUUCUGUCGGACAUUUGGCACAUUUCUCUCCAUCGUGCUGUUUUCCUGGCGCUAUUAUCACUACCCUGGAAGCUACCCAAGGGUGGCAGAGCCCAUCGUUGUUUUCUUCUUCGUCGCAUCCGAAGUCAUAGACAUCUCGUACGCAUUUGUCUAUGCUCACAUCGACCGAAAAGAGAAAGCUGCGCUAAAGGAAAAGAGCAAGCGCAAGUAA